CUUUUGACUCGUUUGUCACAUUUCACAUUUAUGGUUAUGUUGUUAUAAAUAUGGAUAUUUAUAUUUAAAAAUAAAUAUAUUUAUGAUUUAUUUGCUCACACAACAUUAUUUAAUUUGAUCUUAUAGCAAUAUCAUUAAAUGGCAUCUUCGGCAGGAGUAUACAAACGCAUUUUGUCAUUAUUAGAAAAGUGGCCUGUAGAUAAAAAUAAAGCAGGUGGAAGGGAUAUCAGUGAAUACUUAAGGAAUUUUGUGAAUACUUCUUAUAAAGAAAACAAAUUUGAAACUAACCCCAAAUACUGGGAUAAACAAUAUAUAGCAAUUCUAUCAUUGGUUAAUAACAGUCACAAAAAUAAGUACAAAAGGUCUCUCGGAACAUCUGCAACUGGAUUAACUGCAGAAGAGUGUAAUAUAGCAUUAUCAAAUGAAUGUUUAGAUGAAGUGAACCAGAAAAAUCAAUCUUUCUUUCGAAAGUUAAUAUCACUAAAACCGGACCCAUAAGAUGAAUAAAAAAAUGUUAUUUUGGAAUACAUUAGUUCUUAGGACAAUUAGACAAUAUAGUAGUACAGUAACUAAAAAUGUAGAGGCACAAAUUCCUCAUAAACCAGUUAUGUUAGACGAAGUUUUAAAAUAUUUAAAUAUUCAAAAGGGUGAGACUUGUAUGGAUAUGACUUUUGGAGCAGGAGGCCAUACUCGAAAAAUUUUAAAUAGUGUUUCUGGUGUAAAAAUUAUAGCAGUAGAUAGAGAUCCAGUUGCUUAUCAAUAUGCUGAAAACUUAUCAAAUGAGUAUCCUUCUCAAAUAAUUCCAUUUCUUGGACGAUUUUCAGAACUUCCUGCAUUAUUAGAGGCUAAAGAUAUUGCCCCAAACUCAGUUGAUUGUAUACUUCUCGAUUUGGGCUGUUCUUCUAUGCAAUUUGAUAAUGGUAGUAGAGGGUUUUCAAUAUCUCACAUGGGACCUCUUGAUAUGCGAAUGGAUGGAAAUAGAUUACCAGAUGCCCCCACUGCGGCAGAUGUACUUGCUAGAGCUACAGAGGAAGACUUAUACAAAAUAAUUAAAAUAUAUGGAGAAGAAAAACAAGCACGUAAAAUUUCUAGAGCUAUUAUUGAAGCCAGGUAUAUGUUCAAACCUUUGACGACUACCGAAGAAUUAGCCGACCUUGUUCAGUCUGUUUGUACCGAGGAAUUUAGAUUAGAUAAAUUGCAACGUAGAAGCCAUGUUGCUACAAAAACGUUUCAAGCGCUCCGUAUUUUCGUUAAUAAUGAACUAAAUGAAAUUAAUUAUGCUUUUGUUCUAGCACAUUAUUACCUUAAAAUAGGAGGUCGCAUUGUUUCAAUAUCUUUUCAUUCUCUUGAAGACACUAUUGCUAAAAGACAUUUAACUGGCAAUUUAUUAGGAAGUACUGCAAAUCCAUUGCCACUUAAAUAUAAUAAUUAUGCUACCACUGUAGAUCACAAUCUAGUAGAAAAAAUUAUGAAACCAAAAUGGAAAAUGUUACAUCAGCAUGUUUUGCUUCCUAAAUAUGAGGAAGUUGAAGAUAAUCCUCGAAGCAGAUCAGCAAAACUUCGUGCAGCUGUUAAAAUUGUUUAAGUUGUUAUUAUUAAUAGUUUAAAAAUAAAAUAAAUACAAAAAAUA